UUCGCCACAACAUAGCUAUCCUGUAUUGGGCCCUACUACUCCUGCAGCCAGAUCAAGAGCUGCGAGUGUAGAUUACUUCAACGUGGGUCAGGGAGGCCUGUACAAACACCGCUCGCUGAAGGUUCUAGGUCGCACGUCCUCGACGCGAGGCGGCACGACCCGACAUCGCCACAUCUCUUCGCCGCGAACAAAGUCCCUGUUGGAACUGACCAAGGACUUUGAGAAUAAUCCCGAGAAUAAGAGCACGUGCGCGGCCGACUACAUGUCCCUGUACAAGCUGGAGCCGAUGCAGAUCGCUCCCGUGUCCGCCUGGAUGACGGCCUUCGAACUGCAGGACAUGUAUGCGAUCCUGCAGCAGCUGCUGCAUCAGACGAUCGAGUGCCUCGGCGACCCACGCUGGGAGCUGCGUCGCAUGGGCCACCAGCUGUUGCCGAGCGUUGCCGAGGUGAUCCGACUCUACGACGUCGGCAUCCUGCAGGAGCUCUGGUGCCGGCAUCUGACGCGAGCGAAGAAGCUGCUCUGCUACGGAGCGGGGCUUACGCUCAAGCACAGCCUCUGCCACGCUGCCAAACUCAUCCCCAUCAUCACCGGCGACGCCGCGAAACACUCCUACCAGGACAUGGACGUGUUCAGGAAGUCGGGUGAGGUGUUAGUGAAGAUGCUGGCCGGUGGCGUGGCGCUGUGGGCCGACCAGCUGCACCGCGCGCUUGACCGCCGAGCCUGCGACAAGCUGUCACUCAUCGCCAUAGAAACCAUCAUGCUCAUACACUGCCACUUCAGGAAGGCCAUCGAUGACGUGAAGGCUCUAGACGUGAGGGUGAAGUCAGGCAAGAGAGAGAAUGGAGGGGACCUGGUGAUCCUAUCCAAUGACAUACCAGUUGCCCCGACACUAGUCCGUAGCAACAGCAGCAGUGACACUGACGAGGACAAUGCUGAGAAGGACAUGGUUUAUAAAAUUAGUAUUGCGAUAUACGAGAUGGCGAACCGUGUGCUAGGGGCCGGCCUAGAAAAACUCGAGAGGCGGAGAGCUCACCUGUGA